AUGAUCAUCUUUAGGGAGAAUAAUUCAAUGAGUUACUCUACUUAAAAGUAAGAAAAACCUUAAAUAUUCCUAUAAUAAAAAUAAAAAAUAUAAUGCCAAAUUUGCCCUUUAGGAGGCCCUAGGCAAUGUGGGUAUUCUCCAUUUCAGCCCUACCAUUACUACUGUUGUGAAAGCCUCAUUUGUCACUCCCACCAAUCUUCGUCUCUGUUGUGUUCAUUUAGCUGACUGCACAGCCCAGUGAUCAGAAGGGCAAAAUGGGAACCCUUGGGAAAGCAAUAUACUCCCUUGGAGCCAUGGUUCGUGCGACCGGCCAAGCACUUGAUCGCGUCGGCAAUCGCCUUCAAGGCAGCUACUACUUAGAAGAACACUUGUCCAGGCAUCGAACUCUUAUGAACAUAUUUGAUAAAGCUCCAGUGGUGGAUAAGGAUGUAUUUGUAGCUCCAGGUGCUUCAGUCAUUGGAGACGUCCAUGUGGGACGCAAUUCAUCUAUUUGGUACGGAUGUGUGCUAAGAGGUGAUGUUAACAGUAUCAGUGUCGGAUCUGGUACCAAUAUACAGGACAAUUCCCUUGUUCAUGUGGCCAAAUCAAAUAUAAGUCAAAAGGUGCUGCCCACCAUUAUAGGGAACAAUGUCACUGUUGGUCAUAGUGCUGUUGUACAUGGCUGCACCAUUGAGGAUGAGGCCUUUAUUGGUAUGGGAGCCACACUGCUUGAUGGUGUCCAUGUUGAAAAACAUGCCAUGGUUGCUGCAGGAGCCCUUGUGAAACAGAACACAAGGAUUCCCUCCGGAGAGAUAUGGGCAGGCAAUCCAGCAAAGUUUUUGAGGAAGUUAACGGAUGAAGAGAUAGCCUUCAUUGCCCAGUCGGCAACCAAUUACUGUAACCUCGCUCGAGUUCAUGCAGCUGAGAAUUCCAAAUCCUUUGACGAAAUUGAAUUUGAAAAGAUGCUCCGUAAGAAGUAUGCCAAAAGUGAUGAGGAAUAUGAUUCUAUGAUUGGUGUUGUCCGUGAAAUACCUCCCGAGCUUGUACUUCCUGAUAAUAUUCUCCCUGAAAAAACUGCAAAGAGCAUCGUCCAAUGAGAUCUGCGUGCAGGCAACUCUCUUUUUUGUUUUCCAGAGAUUUAUUUUACCCCGUGAGCAUCUCUCUGUAUGGGAUAGUCAUGGAUAUUGGUUGUUGCCCUUCCAAAUAAUACCAAACUUGUUGGAUAGUCAUCGGUAUGUCAGUGCUUGUAGUCAAGACUUUUGCCCCUGGUUUCCCUGGCACUUCUUGAACUUGGAAAAGGAGCUUACGCCCAAAAGCCAUGUAUUUGGUGCUUGUAACUCGAGAAAUUGUUUUCAUAGAUGAAUUUGGUAAAUUGUACUUUGAAUAACAUAGAACAUUUGACGACAACAACAAACCCAGUAUAUUCCCACAUAGUGGAGAACAUUUGACAACA